UGUCCCGUGAAGCUGCUAAAACAAACAACAACAAAGUACGACCCAAAUUCCUCUUAAAAAUGGUACCAACAACAAGUAAUAGUUCUUUAGUGUUCACAGUGAGAAGGAAGACAGCAGAGCUGGUAACUCCGGCAAAGCCCACACCUCAUGAAUACAAACUGCUGUCAGACAUCGAUGACCAAGAAGGUCUUCGGUUUCAGAUCCCAGUGAUACAGUUUUAUCGUUAUGAUUCGUCGAUGGGAGACAAAGACCCAGUGAAGGUCAUCCGAGAGGCAAUUGCAGAAACGCUUGUGUUCUACUACCCGUUCGCGGGUAGGCUGAGGGAAGGACCUGACCGCAAGCUUAUGGUAGACUGUACUGGUGAAGGUGUCAUGUUCAUCGAGGCUGACGCUGAUGUUACUCUUGACCACUUCGGUGACGCUCUACAACCUCCCUUCCCCUGUUUGGAGGAGCUCCUUUUUGAUCCCCCCGGCUCCACUGCCGUCCUAAACUGCCCUUUACUCCUUAUUCAGGUGACCCGUCUGAGGUGCAAUGGUUUCAUCUUCGCUUUGCGCUUGAAUCACACCAUGAGCGAUGCCCCUGGACUAGUUCAAUUCAUGAUGGCAGUAGGCGAAAUGGCCCGAGGUGCAUCUUCCCCAUCGGUGCAACCAGUUUGGAAGAGGGACUUGCUCUGUGCUAGAGACCCACCACGCGUGACAUGCACACACCGCGAGUACGACCAAGUCCCUGACACUAAUGGUACCAUCAUUCCCCUAGAUGACAUGGCUCACCGGUCUUUCUUUUUCGGCCCCACUGAGGUCUCCGCGCUUCGCAAGUUCGUCCCUCCCCACCUUCGCAACUGUUCUACCUUUGAAGUGCUCACCGCUUGCCUCUGGAGAUGUCGUACUAUCGCCCUCCAACCUGACCCGGAGGAAGAAGUGCGCAUUCUCUGCAUUGUUAGUGCACGCAGCAAGUUCAACCCACCCCUUCCUACUGGAUACUACGGCAAUGCCUUUGCGUUCCCCGUGGCCAUAUCAACUGCUGGAAAGUUGUGCCAGAACCCUUUGGGAUAUGCACUUAAGUUGGUCAUGAAGGCUAAGGCUGAUGUUACACAAGAGUAUAUGAGAUCACUGGCAGACCUGAUGGUUCUUAAAGGAAGACCUCACUUCACGGUGGUGAGGACCUUUCUAGCGUCUGAUGUGACCCGUGCCGGGUUUGAUGAGGUAGAUUUUGGAUGGGGUAAAGCAGCUUAUGGUGGCCCGGCAAAGGGCGGUGUUGGGGCCAUUCCUGGUGUUGCAAGCUUUUAUAUUCCUUUUACGAAUAAGAAAGGCGAGCAUGGAAUUGUGGUUCCUUUUUGCUUGCCCACCCAAGCCAUGGAAAGAUUUGUUACUGAAAUUGAGGGUAUGCUUAAGUCUGAUCAACAACUGAUCGCUACAGCUAACAAUUCCACGUUCAUCACAUCUUCCUUGUGAACGCAUAUAUUGCAAGUAUUUUCAGGCUAAUGUUAUUAUUAUGUUAUUGAAAUAUAUAUGUUUCAAAACUAAAUCAAAAGUAUUGGAAAGCAACCAAUAUGAUGUUGCCUAUUUUUCUGUUUGUGUAGCAUUUAUAAUAAGAGGAUCAUGAAAAAAUUUUCAUGAAAAUGAUCAUAAAAAAUUUGUGACCGUUA